AAAGAUUAUGCAUUCUUUUCAGCUCUAAAGAAAAUAUUUGCAUAUUAUAAUGUUAAAAAAAAAUAGAUGUAUUUGUUAUUAGUCUAGUAAUAGUGGUUUGUAAUUUUUAAAUUAAUGUUAUGGAUUUAAAUUUCAAAUAACUUAUAGGACAAUUCCUAAUAUAUUCUUAAAUAUUGCUGAAAACAAAAGCAAAAUGAGUCAAAAUACAAAUAAUAGCGUCGGCAGACCAAACUUUUCCAAUGUUCCCAAUAGAAGCAUAAAUUUAAUUAACAUCAAACCGACCACAAAGAAACUAAUAAUAAAGAAUCUAAAGAGUGAGCCACGACUCCCUCCACAUUAUAUGGAAGAUACUUGGGAUAAGCUAAAAAGUGCUGUUAUUGCUAUUCAGAAUGCAACAGGAAAUCAAUAUGCUUUAGAAGAACUUUAUCAGGCUGUAGCAAAUAUGUGUAAUCAUAAAAAUGGCACCCAUACAGAAUCUAUGGAUCGCCUAUUAUUUUUGAAAAAGAUGAAUGAUACAUGGUCUGCCUAUUGUAAUCAAAUGAAAAUGAUUAGAAGCAUAUUUUUACAUUUGGACAGAACUUAUGUGCUUCAAAAUUCUUCUCAUUUGAUGUCCAUUUGGGACAUGGGGUUGGAAACAUUUAGUAAAUAUAUACUCUUAAACACCCUUGUACAAACUAGAGUAGUUGAAGGCCUACUAAUGUUGAUUGAGAAGGAACGACAAGGUGACCAAGUUGAUAGAACUCUUCUCAAAUCCCUUUUGAGGAUGUUGACUGACUUACAAAUUUAUGAUAAGGCAUUUGAACAGAAAUUCUUACAAGCCACAGAACGCCUUUAUGCAGCAGAGGGACAAAGACUUAUACAACUGCUGGAUAUUCCUGAUUAUCUAAACCACAUUGAUAAAAGAAUUAAGGAAGAGAGAGAUCGAGUUAUUCAUUAUCUAAAUGAUACGACUGAAAAACAGCUUAUUCACACAGUUGAAAAACAAUUGAUCAGUGAACAUAUUAGUCAAAUCCUACAGAAGGGUCUAAAGCAAUUGAUGAAUGAAAAUAGAAUAAGUGAUUUAACUUUGUUGUACACAUUAUUAGCCCGUGUAAAAAAUGGUACUGCAGAACUGUGCACUGCUUUUAAUGGGUAUAUUAAAACGAGAGGAAAGACUAUUGUUAUUGAUCCAGAGAAAGAUAAGUCAAUGGUUCAGGAACUACUUGAUUUUAAAGAUGCAAUGGAUAAUGUUGUUUGUACAUGUUUUACUAAAAAUGAGAAGUUUACCAAUUCCCUUAAAGAAGCAUUUGAACAUUUUGUUAAUCAAAGAACCAAUAAACCUGCUGAACUUAUCGCAAAAUUUGUGGAUUAUAAACUUCGUGCUGGGAAUAAAGAGGCUACUGAAGAAGAAUUAGAAAAACUUUUAGAUAAGAUAAUGGUUAUAUUCCGUUUCAUUCAAGGCAAAGAUGUGUUUGAGGCGUUUUAUAAAAAGGACCUAGCGAAGAGGCUAUUGGUGGGUAAAUCAGCCAGUGUGGAUGCUGAAAAGAGUAUGUUAAGCAAGCUCAAACAGGAGUGUGGAGGUGGCUUCACGUCAAAACUUGAAGGCAUGUUUAAAGAUAUGGAAUUAAGUAAAGAUAUUAAUGUGGCAUUUAAACAGCAUUUGAGUGUUAACAGUCGAAAUUUGGCACCAAUUGACAUGUCAGUGAGCAUUCUCACCAUGGGCUACUGGCCCACCUAUCAAGCAAUGGAGGUCAGCCUUCCAUAUCACAUGGUGAAGUUUCAAGAUGUAUUUAAAGACUUUUAUCUCAGCAAACACAGUGGAAGAAAACUUCAGUUCCAGCCAACAUUAGGACACUGUGUAUUAAAAGCAAUCUUUAAAGGUGGAAAAAAAGAAUUAGUUGUCUCCCUUUUUCAAACUGUCAUUAUUCUGUUAUUUAAUGAUUAUGAUGAGCUGAGUUUGGAGGACAUAAAAGCAGCUACUAACAUAGAGGAUGGAGAACUGCGAAGAACAUUGCAGUCUUUGGCUUGUGGAAAAGCUAGAGUCUUGAAUAAAAUUCCUAAAGGUAGGGAUGUUGAAGACAAUGAUAAAUUUAGAUUCAAUAAUGAUUUUACGAAUAAGCUGUAUAGAAUUAAAAUCAAUCAAAUACAAAUGAAGGAAACAUCUGAAGAGCAGAAGGCAACUGAAGAAAGAGUAUACCAAGAUAGACAAUACCAAAUUGAUGCUGCUAUUGUGCGCAUUAUGAAGAUGAGGAAAACACUCAGUCAUAAUUUGCUCAUCAGUGAGUUAUAUCUGCAACUCAAAUUUCCUGUUAAGCCUGCUGAUCUGAAAAAACGCAUUGAAUCCCUUAUCGAUAGAGACUACAUGGAACGCGAUAAGGACAACCCGAACCAAUACAACUAUGUGGCCUAGGUCGCUUUCUUUAGUAUUAUUCUUUAGGAUUAAGUAAUAAUAGUUUCUACUAAACGUUUUUAAAAGAAAAAUAUCUAGUCCAGUUUUAAUUCUGGCAAGUUUUAUAUUUAUUUUUGGUUAUAUUGUAUAUUUUUUCUACCUCGAAUAUAAGUAACAAAUACGCUAUUUAGAAAAUAUAAUUCUCACUGAUCU